AUGGAGCGAACUGGGGAAGACGAAGAGAAGAGUCUUCAGCAUGCGCCAGCAGUUGAAUCGCUAUCACCAGAGCCAAGCUUGCCGUCGUACGCGCCGAAAAAUGCGUUUGAGCGAUUGAAUACCCGCCUAGCACAGUUCGAGUUCUUCGAGUCGCGUGGCAUCGAGCGCGUCCCACUUGAGGAACGCAAGCCCAGAGUGACGUCGGCGGAUUAUAUGCAGAUGGCUCUGCUGUGGUUCAGUGUGAAUAUCACGGCGAACAACAUGGCCGUUGGUAUGCUCGGCCCGGCAAGUUACGGGCUGGGCUUUGUCGACUCGGCUCUAUGUUCCACUUUCGGUGCUCUACUGGGGGCCGCAGGUGUCGCAUACAUGGGAACAUUUGGUCCAGUCAGUGGGAACAGAACUAUGGUUGUGGCUCGAUACUUUAUGGGAUACUACCCUAGCAAAAUAUGUGCUCUAUUAAACAUAAUUAUCAUGCUCGGGUACGGUAUGGUGGACAGCAUUGUGGGCGGACAAGUUCUCUCUGCUGUGGCUGGCAAUAACAUGACCGUGGCUGUCGGCGUGGUCAUUAUUGUAGUUGUCACUUGGAUCGUGGUCCUAUUUGGAAUGCGUCUAUUCCACGUCUAUGAACGAUGGGCCUGGAUCCCUCAACUUAUUGCAGCUUUCGUCCUUGUUGGUAGUGCUGGCCCCAAGUUUGACACUUCGAUCGUGUCCACAGGCUCACCGCAAACAAUCGCCGGCAACCGUCUCUCCUUCUUUUCGCUCUGUCUUUCCUCGUCUGUCGCUUGGGCUCCGGCUGGUGCCGACUUUUAUAAGUGGAAGACCUUCACCAUGACCUUUCUCGGUACUGGCAUGGCCUUGACCUUUGCCAACUUAAUUGGCGUGGGCCUUGGCUCAGGCACGGCCACUCAUCCUGACUGGGCAGCGGCCGAUAGCAUUUCCGCUGGCUCAUUAAUCCUCGCUGGCUAUAACGGACUCGGUGGCUUUGGAAAGUUCCUAGGCGUCCUGGUUUCCAUGGGUCAAAUUGCUAAUAAUGUCGCUGGAACUUACUCUGCCUCCUUGGGCUUCCAGAUGCUAGGUCGCUACCCGGCUAAGCUUCCUCGGUGGGUUUGGACCUGCGUUGGCGUCAUUAUUUACCUUGUCUGCGCGGUAGCGGGCCGAAAUUACUUAUACGACAUUUUCGAAAACUGGCUUGCGCUUAUGGGUUACUGGAGAGAACACCUCAUCUUUCGCCGAUCAAGAGGGUUUGACUGGGAGGUCUGGGCUGAUCGUUCAAAGUUGCCUCUCGGUCUUGCUGCGCUGACAGCCUUCUUGAUUGGCUGGGCUGGUGCGAUUGUUUGCAUGAACCAGAUCUACUUCGCCGGCCCGAUCGCCAAGAUGGUUGGUGACAGUGGCUCGGAUCUCGGCAUAUGGGUUGGCUCGUCGUGGGCCAUGCUGGUCUAUCCUGGUCUGCGCUGGUUAGAACUGAAGAAGUUCAACCGGUAA